AUGAACAUCUUCAGAAAGCCAAUCUUGGUGAGCCCCAAGCAUCUGCAACGUAUGCGACUCCGCCUACAGAAGUACUCACUACACGUAGAGUACAAGCAGGGUUCGCGAAUGUACUUGAGCGAUACACUGUCGCGAGCAUCGUUGCCAACACGACAAGUCACAGAUCAGACACCAGACUAUCUGAUCUUCUCCGUCACUCAGGAGCAGAAGCUCAACAUGGAGUUGGAGAACAUCGAACCAACCAUCUUCGUCACAGACGAGCGUCUGCAGAGAGUGAAAAAGGCAACGCUCGCUGACCAAACCCUACAAACGCUGAUGCAGGUCAUCCAAGCAGGCUGGCCAGGGGACAAGGCUCAAGUUCCCUUGUGUAUCAGGGAAUACUGGCCAUACAGAGAUGAGCUGUCAACACAAAACGGGCUCAUCUUUCGCGGAACGCGUAUUGUAAUCCCAACAGCUCUCCAUGCAGACAUGACAGCAAGGGCACAUGCAUCUCACAUGGGCGUGCAGUACACAACCAACACUGCACGAGACAUAAUGUACUGGCCACGUAUGCACACAGAACUGGUGGAGGCAGUCCAACGCUGCGCAAUCUGCCAGGAGUCACAACCAGCUCUCCCAAAGGAACCCCUUAUGACGCACCCAGUACCCAAAACACCGUGGCAGUUAGUCGCGAGUGACUGUUUUGAGGUCAAUGGACAAAACUACUGUGUACUAGUAGACCUCUACUCAGACUACAUCGACGUGCGCGCCCUGGAAGACAUGACUUCCAAGUCGCUAAUCAAGGAACUGAAGCCAGUGUUUGCCACCCACGGCAUUCCUCACACCUUGAUCACAGACAACGGACCAAACUACGUGUCAUGCGAGUUCACUCAGUUCGCGAAUGACUGGGACUUUGAACACACUACCUCAAGCCCCUACCACUCCAAAUCCAACGGAAAAGCAGAGUCCGCGGUCAAAAUCGCCAAGGGACUUGUGACACAUGCAUGGUUGCGUCCUACAAAAUCUGCCAACUCAGAACCCAUAGUGGAGGGAAAUUAA